CUGAGCCUUACCUCUCUCAAAGCCUUCCCAGGGAGUUUGUGAGCAUGAAAGGAGAGGAGAUAAAGCCGGGCUUUGUCAGCCACCAAGCGCCAUGCAAAUAUUCCUUGCCUCCAUGCCUGCUGUCAGUGGUCCCUUCCCACCCCCUUCUCUGGCUCCCUCGCCCUAGAACACAACUCAGAGUCCACCUUCUCCGGGAAGCCUCCGCUCGCCAGCCUUGUGAGCACUAGGGGAUACAACUAACUCCGGGCUUGGUCCUCCCCAACUGUGAACUCCAGUCCUCCUCGGCCUCCCCCAGGGCAGUGUCUGUUGUUCUAGAAUCCACUUUUCUGGAUUUCCAGCCUAGGGCUGUUCUUUUAAUUAAUGCUGGUGGAGGAGGAAACCUGUGUCCUGCCUAAUUAUGAAACAGUAUAGUGUCUCACUGGGCCAGCCAGGCAGCCGGGCGGACUUCGAGCCAGCCAGGGCUGGGUUCUGGCAAUGGCGGGGUGACCCUGGGCAAGACCCGUAACUCCCGGGGUCUAGGGAAUCACCGGAGGGCCCGCUCCCUCUCUAGCCAGUCACUGGUUUCCGGUCCUCCCUAGAAGCGUGACCCUGGACAGCUCCAUUUUCUUCCUCGGUCAAACUCUUGGAGUCAGGGCCUUGGGUCCCCAGUUCUGUAGGUCUCUCAUUGUGCUCAGUGGAGGGUCAGAAGGCUCGCUCCCUGAAGGCAGGGGCUGCCUGGUCCCUCCUUGGGCCCUAGCGCAGUGUCCACAGCACUGAAAAGCCCCCUGACGCUUCUUUGGGCCCACCAGCAAUGACGAGUUCAUUUGAGAUAGGAAAGUGCUUUGAGGGAGGGGCAAGAGGCGCCAUACACGUGUCAGGGGCUGUUAAUGUUAUUAGCGGGGACCCCCCUGAAGAAGGUGGAGCUGAGCAUAAGGCUGGGAUUAAACCCCAGGCUCUGAGCCCCUCCCUGCCACCUGCCCCUCCCCUCCCAGCUCUUGGCCCCUUUCCCCCCACACCAGUUUUAAUCUCAGGCCUUAAUCCUGCUUGGAAAUCCUUGCCCAGUUUGCAUGGCCAAUCCCCCGCCCCCUGAAGCAAACCAACCAGCCCAAAGCUGACAGCAGCCUGGGGCCCGGUGGGCUGGGCACAAAUGAGGGGCUCCCAGUUCGCAGGUGUGGUGGGGAGACAGAGGGCCCUGACUCUGGGGAGACCGAGUCCCGGGCCUUUCUCUAGCCAGGCAGACAGCGUCCUUGCCACACGAGCCCUUAAAUACAUGCAGAGAGUGGGGGGUUCGUGCUACCUCCACUGUGGGGCGUCUCCAUUAUAGCCCCGACUCAGCGGUGGGGGUGCAGGUCCCCGUGCUCACCGCUAUUUCAUCUAGAAGCACCUGUCUGUCCCUUCAUAGGCUGCAGCCCCUGCGGGCAGCAAGCAACAACCCAUCUUCUCUGCCCCCUCUGCAAGGGCAGAGAAAGCACAGGGAGAGGAUACCAAGGGGAGAGCCGGCUCUCGCUCCCCCAGUUCUGUCCCUGCCCUUCUCGGGACAAUGGCCUCAUCUAUAAAAAGAGGAAUCCAGACCAGGGGGGCUUUAGGAUCUUCUUCAUCUCUGAUGCUUAGGGUGAGACCCCUCUAGGAAGACUAGAGGUGGGGUCCCCAAAGCCUCUGUCUCCUGCUUGGCAAGGUUCUUCUGAACCCAGUCAGGGACCAGCCUCCUCAGGAGCCCACUGCUUAUCAGUCAUUCCAGGACUGGCUUUCUGCUGUUAUUUAUUGCUCUGGCCAGGUCGGGCAGGGUGACAGUGGGCGUUGGGCCCCUGCCCAGGGCCAUGUGGCUGCCACGCGUCAGGACAGACUGACCUCAUCCUCACCUCUGGGGGUUUGGGGGGCACAGCUCCCUCUUUAUAGCUCUCCUGUCAGCAAAAGACCUCUUAUCGAGCUCCCCCCCUUUACUUUUCUAGGGAAUUCUCCAAAUGAGUCCCCGACCCCAGGGAUCCAGCUCCCAGGGGUCCAUCCCAAGGCCCCAGUGCCCCGUUCCUAUAGUCUUCUCCCACUCCCACCCCUCACCCACGCUGCCGGAUGGGGCACAGGGGUGACAGCUGUGUAAGCAGCCUGACCCCCCUCUCUCCCCUCCCUUCACUUUCCUACCCCUCCCCCCUCCAGCUGUCUCCAUCCUGUGACAGCUGCCCCAGUGAAGGGCUGGGGGCUUAGCUAGCCCCCUCCCCCUCAGAUCGAGUGUCCACCCAAGCUUUGUUCUAGGGCAGAACAAUCCAGUGGGGGUGGGGUGGGGAGGGGAGGGAAGAAGGCUCUGGGGGCCAGGGAGGGAGUGGGAGUGGGUUGACUCUAAACUGCCCAUGGAGGGAUUCCCUCCCCCUUACUCCAGUGUGGACUCCAGGAGGAGGACGGAAGUGGCUGGGAGUGGGGGUGGGUUCCUGGGCUUGGCUGCAGGGCUCAGGCCCAUCCUGGAGGUAGCUCUUCCCCCCACUCCCUCCUUAGGCUCCAUCGCCCUAACUCCUUUUUUGCCAGCUACACAUCCCUCACCAGCCCUAGGGACGGCCUGUUGGCCACGGCUUUGGAGUCGGGCUGUCCUAGAUUGGAGUGAUUUCCCCCAGCUCUUGCUCAGCAUCCCCUCCUGCACGGGUCUCCUAGCCAGGGCCACGCUUAAGCAGCCCCUCUGUCAGGGACCAGACUGAGGGCUGAGGUAAGAGGCUGUGCCCUCGAGCCAUCUGCUAGGCACAUGGAAGCCCCAGGGAACAAGGGAGAAAGAGUCAGAGCAAGUCCCUUGGAUUUGGGGAGAGAGGGGAAGGGAGGAAAGAGGAGGGCUGAUCCCUUUCAAGUCCCCUUUUGGCGCACACCCUCCUUUGUUAGUCCCUUGGAUUCUUUGAAAAAAAUAUUUUUUGGGUAUCGGCGUAGCUGAGACAAUUCUAUAAAUUAGCUGUUAUUAGUUAUUUCUGGCCUCUCCCUCCCGUUUUUUCUCUGCAACCAAAAUUUCUUUUAACCAGCCCUAGUUGCUCAUCAAAAGGAUAACCUUUCUAAAAGACGCUUAGCGGUGGACAAGGCGAAAGAACAAAGUUCCCCCUCGAUAUUCAGAGAUCUAAAUGUACAGUGUUCCGUGGACACAACCCAGGAUUCAUACACCCCAAAUCCACGACUGCUUUUACAGGAGACAGUGGGGUUGGAGAAAGACCUAAAAUUAAGCGGGCCUGAGUUCUAAUUCUGACCCCAGCUCUCACUCACUCCCUGUGUGACCUUGGGCAAACAAAAGUAAACACUUUGCCUCGGUUUCCUCAUUAGCCAAAUGGGGGGAGGGGAGUUGGAUGAUAUGACCUCUGCGGUCUCUUCCAGCUCCGACCUCUGAUCCCUUUAUCCCACAUUCAGGUAUUUUGGAGGCUGUUUGGAAGCCACACUCUCCCAGAAACGAAUGUUCCAGCUGAACCCCAGCGGUCGGGCCGGCCGGGAACCCCGGAGGUUGGGGGAGCCCGUCAGACACUUGCCUCGGCCUCUCAGCUCGGGGUCUCAGGACCCGCUCGAUGGGACGGAUGCCGGCUCAGGGCAGAGAGGCCCAGGGCACCUGGGGAUGCUUCAAGCUCUUUAGGGGAUUAACCUCACAAUCCCUGGAUUAUUCCUUCCCACUCUCCCAAGAUCUGAGAGGAGACCAAAGCCUGGUCACCGACCUCUGGGCCGCUUUGUGGGUGUCUGGGUCCCAACCCCUUUUCCCAGCCGCCUCCUCUCGAGGGGACACAAAAGCGGGGGAGCAACAACUGAACGGCCCAGGAUCUGGCAGGGACGGAGAGGCCGCCGACCUCUUACUUUGGGAAUAUCCACUGAGUCACGGGCAGGAGGUGGACAGACUACGGGGAGAGGGAGAGGCAGGGGAGGGGACGGAGCAGGCGUCGGCCGGCAGGAAAGGGGCCCAUCCACUGCCCAGCACCGACCCCCGGGUCCUCACCCCCUUCCCCAUUUUACAAACAAACAGAUCCAUGACUUGUUCAAGGUCAGGGUCGGAGCCAGAACUAGAACUCCAAUCUCAGACAACCCGAGUAUCUUGUACUAACCUAGAGCCAGUGGGACCGAGUGGGAAGGGAUCGAACGCUGGAGGAAGGGGCAGCCCCUGAGCUAGGGGGCAGAAGGGCUGGGUCUCAGCACACGCUGCCUGCCUCCAUCCCUCCCUCUGCCUUGGCCUGGGCCUGGCUGGGGUGUGUGGGCUGUGGGCGUCCCCCCACCCGGCCCCCCUCUCUGAGCCACCAGAGAGAACAAUCCCCUUGUGUUUGGGCCAUCCAGCUCUGCAUGCUGAUGAAGGGGGGCUCCUGGGGGAGGGGAGCAAGGACAUGGGCAGCCAGGACCCUGGAGGGGCUAUCCCUUGGUGGGGGAGCCUGGGAGAAGAGACCCACCACACUGGGCAGGAUGGAAGCUGGGCCCUCGAGGAGGACAUUCCUUGAGAGAAAGAGAAGUAGGCCCCUGGGUGGGGAGGGGUCUCGAGGAGGGAGGGAGCUGGUGGGUACUUAGGGAAGAAGAGCUGGGGCAGCCUGACUGCGCAUAAGGACAGGGUGGAGUUGCCAAGCCAGGAGGGUUAGGAAAGGAGGUUGCAGAGGGUCAAGGUCCUCGAUUUCUGGGUUCCCAGAACCCAGUGUUCCCCCUUCUGAAUGCCGCUGCCCUCGGGGGGGAUGCAGGGAAGGGACAGAGGGAGGCAGACCCUGAAAUGCCAAAGGUCAUGAGAUGGUGGUCAGAGCGCGGCGGGCAGUGGGCACCUCCCCGCCCUGGCUCCGGCCGGUGGUCCCGUGGGUGCUGGGGCCCUGAAGGCUCUGGCUCCGGGCAUGGGGAGGACAGCAGGGGAAGCUGCCCAGGACUCCGGUCUCCAUCCCUGUCUCAAGUUGGGAGCCAGGAUCCCAGAGAUUGGAGCCGCUUGGCUGUGGAAAGCGGGGUACCUGAGCCAUUCACGGCUGGAAGCUGAACAAAUGGGGUCUGGGCUGGCAACGAGGCUGGGCCGGAAAAGGCUGAAGUUAGGGGGCAGGGCCCUGGAUGAAGAAGUGGGUGGUCUGGGGGUUGGGAGGCCUUGUUUAGGGUCAGGCAGCCUGAGAAUGUGGGCGUGGGGGUCGGGGGCCUGGGUGGAGGAGCUUGGCCCUGAGUAUUACAGGUGUCUGGGUGUCCGGCUGAGGCAGAGCUGGGGCUGGGGGAGUGGGAUGGGGAAGCUGGAGUGGAGAAAGCUGGGGGUGGGGGGGCAUUCACUGCAAGGACCCGGGGUGGGGGGUGGGUGCAGGGCCCUGGACAGCAACCAAACCAGCCCCUGGCCGGCCGGACCCACCCCUCCCUGCCCCCCAGCCCGGCCCCGCCUGCGCAAGCGUCCUUGCUUCUACCCUGUCCCUCGGGGGCCAGCAGGGUGUGUUCCCUGCAGCCCCGGGUCCAGCACUGCGGCCUCUUCCCUCCCCGGCCCCCACCCCAGAAAUCUGAGCCCCCUAGGAAAGGCCCCCACCCCCUUCCCAACUUUCCCCGGGGCCCGGCUUGGGUCUGUGGUUGACGCCCCUGCCUGCUGGGGCCCUGGAGUCACCUGCUGGGAGGAGGGUCUCUCCCGGUCCCCGGCAGGGCCGGGCGUCUGCUGUGCCCCCUGCCCGCCUGUCCGGCCCAGGGUGCAGUCCCUCUCCUCCCCAGGCAGGGUCCCUGCCCCUUCCCCCUCCCGGCCCGGCCCGGCCCGGCCCAGCCCAGCCCAGCCCAGCCCAGCCCAGCCUGCCGGUACCUCUGGGGUCUGUCCUGCAGCGCUGGGGGGGUGGCUGGGCCGCUCAGUGCCACAUUGUCCCCGGGAGAGGCGGCCGCUCACAACUGCUAGUGACAUCAGCUGCGAACAAUGA